GUGGACUAUUUCUUGACAUUGGCGGGCGCUAGUGGUUUGUUUGUUCCAUUUGUAUAUUGAUGCAAAAAUCGCCUUUAAUCUUGUAAUUAUUGUAGUCAUCUGUCACCUCCGUGAUGUCUGACAGGGAGGAUCAAGUUUACUACGCCAAGCUUGCAGAGCAGGCUGAAAGAUAUGAUGAAAUGGUGGCCUCGAUGAAGAAGGUGGCGGAGCUCGACGUUGAGCUGAGUGUGGAGGAGCGGAACCUGCUGUCGGUGGCCUACAAGAACGUGAUCGGGGCUCGUCGCGCCUCCUGGAGGAUCAUCUCCAGCAUGGAGCAGAAGGAAGACAGCAAAUCCUCUGAUAGCAAACUAGAAAUGACAAAGAACUACAGAAUGGAAAUAGAAACUGAAUUGAAAAAUAUAUGCGGAGAAGUUCUCGGCGUUUUGGAAAAUCAUCUUAUCCCUUCAGCUACAUCGGGAGAAUCAAAAGUUUUUUACUAUAAAAUGAAAGGUGAUUACCAUCGAUACCUUGCUGAAUUUGCGACGGGAACCGACAGAAAAGAGGCUGCUGAAAGCAGUUUAGUAGCUUAUAAAGCUGCCAGUGAUAUAGCAAUGCAAGAGUUAGCACCUACACAUCCCAUUCGACUUGGUCUAGCCCUUAAUUUCUCAGUAUUUUACUACGAGAUCCUCAACUCACCAGACAGGGCGUGCCGACUAGCCAAGGCAGCAUUCGACGAUGCUAUUGCAGAACUUGAUACGUUAUCAGAAGAAAGUUACAAGGAUUCAACAUUGAUAAUGCAGUUACUGAGAGACAAUUUAACACUUUGGACAUCAGACAUGCAGGGUGAAGAAGGCGAACAGCAGAAGGGGAGCACACUUCAGGAUGUGGAUGGUGAGGAGGAACAGGGGUCAUAAAAGCCACAUGUACUUAGCACAACCUACAUUGAAAUAUUUGUAAUUUUCUUAUCAAACUACUAAAUGUUAUGACCUGGCCCUGGAACUGCAGCUGUCUCUUGUCACUGACUGCGGCCACGAUGGAUAUUGUACUUGGACACCUCGUACCACUGUGUCUCCGGUCACUGUCUCUCCCACAGUCCUAUAUAGUACCGUUAGUCUGCUCUUUUGCUGUAUGUCAUCUCUAUUACGUAGGUUUGUCUUUGUAUUUAACUUGUGUUCAUGUAUGUAACGUACAAUAAGUACUACUAUACAUCUUGUGGGGUUUUUUUUGGCUGUUUUCUCUGUGUUGGGAAUGACAGUUGACAAGGAUUCAAGUUGUUUUGUUGUCGUGGCCACUGCUGGUGACAAGGCAGAUUUUAUAUGUAAGUUGUCCAAGCUCAUGUGUUUGAAUGUCAUAAUUAUUGCAAACUCUCACACCAGAAUUACAUCCUGGAUAUUUAAAGCAAAUGUGGACCAAGUGCUGAUUUUUUUCGCAGUGUCCUUCAUCAAACCUGUGAAAGUGACAAUACCAGCUUUUACAAGAAACGGGGAAAAAAUUAUAAACACAAUUUUCCAUAGUAUGAAGAGAUUGCAAUUUCGAGUUUGAAGCACUGAAGGAGAAACGAUUUAUCAAUGGAAGUGUGCCUACAGUGCUAGGCUGUUUGUGAAAUUGUUUAUGGACUUUCCAGACAUAAUUUGCUGUAUACCCUUAUUCUGUCGUCAGGAAUUUGGCUGUGCUUGUACCAGUUGGAUUUGAACUGUUGGGACUUCACUCAAGACUAGCAGACCGACUUGGAUACAAGUCAUAGGAUCAUUUUUAAGUUAUGAUUAUUUUGCCCAAGUUAGAGCACUUGAAGUGUAGGUAGUUGUAUUCUACUGUUGAACAAAAUGUUCUGUCAAAUACGAAAUAUUAUGGUAUAUUUACUUUUAUUAUAUUGUGAAUGUUGCUAUUAGAACUUGCCUUCUGGCGAGUUGUCUGUCUGCAUGUCUGUCUUCCUUUGAUCUAAUUAUUUUCUCUGUCUUGACACCAAUAAUGCCACUGUUUAAAAUGUUUCAGAUCUUUAGAAAGCAAAAUUUAAUCUUGUAAUAAAGUAUUUAAGUUAAUCGAAAUAACUUUACCUUUUUUUUUGUUGUAGAGAUAUAUAUUAAUUAAUUAAUAUCUUCAUUGACAUACGUAGGUCAUCCAUUUACAUUAAUUUGGAUAUAGUUUUAUUGUUGUAAAACUGUAAGUUGCCAUCCAAAUGAUGCAUGUGAUAGUGUCAAUUUUUAAAUAGUGGCCUGACAUGAAGAUGGUUGUGCUGUGUCGUGCAGCCUCCUGUCUGCUGUGUUGUGAUUCUCACAGUUUGUACUCGCUGUUACAAUAUCCAUUGUCUAGUGGGCUAGAGAUUCUAGGAAAGUGUAACACCUUUAUAAACUGAUGUCAUGCUUUUAACAUCAAUUAAAGUAUAUUCAAGUGC